AUAAGAAGGUUCAGUCUUAAGAUUGUGACUUGUUGUGAUCUUCUAAGAAUCAUUUCUAUUCACUGGUCAAGCUAUUUUCUAUCCGAUUUGGUUGUCUGUAAGAUUCUUUGUUCCUUGAGGAGGUGUCAAUUUUGAUAAGGGGUUUGAUUGAAUGAUAAAAUGUGCUCAUAUUGAACACGUCUCUGUGGUUUACCAAAAGCCAUAUUGCUUUUUUUUUCCCAAAUGAGACGUUCCCAAUUGCUUGCAUUUGAUUCCAAUAUCUUAAUUUUGUGGUCCCUUCCUUAUUUGUGAUUUUGAUGCAUCUAUCUUCUUCAUGAUAGCUUCCUCUUUGGUUCAUGGCUGAAACAAGUUUUGUUUUGGAUAAGAAUAUAAUCUUUUUCUUCUUGUUCCCUUUUUAAUCUUUCCUCUUGCGUUAAGUACUUUUUUUUUAUUUGAAGUAAAGCCAAAAAAGUGAAGAAGAUUAUGGCAAUGACCGGAGCUGAUGAACAACCCUGUACCCUGUCAAGUGUUUCCUCUGGUCUCUGGUGGUGGUAGUUCUUCUGGAUACUGCAAUAGCGUGUACGUUUCAGCAAACGAAAGAAGCUCCUCCCAGACCAGACAAUCAGUUCCUCAUGUCUCAGUGGAAACACAAUCCUUGCCGGUGACUAAUCAAACUCAAGAGCAGAAGGAUAUGAGCUGGCCUGAAGACCAGCUUCAAGGGUUCUUUGACUUUCCUGUUCCGGAUCCACAAGCAGAGAGCAGCAGCAGAGCCAAAACCGAAUGGCCGGACUGGGCUAAUCAGAUGAUCUCUGUUGAUGAUGAUGGUCUGGAACCUAAUUGGUCAGACCUUCUAGGUGAUCCUAACGUCCUCAACCAAGAUUCAAAGAUACCAGCACCCUCUUGUGAGAUAGCUAGGCAAGAGGUAGUAGUAGUAAGUACUCAUCAGCAUCAUCAGGUGGAUUCAUCUAGCGCCAAAAGCCCACAGGCUAGUUCAAUGACAUCUAAGCAACGGAUGCGUUGGACACCUGAACUACAUGAAGCGUUUGUCGAUGCUAUCAAUCAGCUCGGCGGUAGCGAACGAGCCACACCUAAGGCUGUACUGAAGCUCAUCAAUAGCCCAGGGCUGACCAUUUAUCAUGUCAAAAGCCAUUUGCAGAAAUACAGAACGGCAAGGUAUAAACCGGAGCUUUCAGUAGAUACAGAAAAGCCUCCACUGAAGACGUUGAAGACCAUUGAAGAUAUCAAAUCUAUUGACUUGAAGACGAGCAUUGAAAUCACUGAAGCUCUACGAUUACAGAUGGAAGUUCAGAAAAAACUCCACGAGCAACUUGAGGUCCAAAGAACACUGCAGUUACAAAUUGAGGAACAAGGUCGGUAUCUCCAGAUGAUGAUUGAGAAACAACAACAGAAGAUGCAAGAGAAGAAAAUAGGCUCUUCUUCUGGCUCAUCAUCAAUGCCAGAAGCCGACAACACUUCAGCUCCAUCAACAAACCUUUCGCAGAAACUGCAGAGUGGUUCUUCUAGCACACUGGAUCAGAGCGGAUCUUUCUCUGGGGCUACUAAGAAACGAGUUAGAGAAGAUUAAAGACAUAUCCUGAUCUGCACAAGUUGGAAGUUAUGAUACUGAUUACUGACACAGUGACUUGAGCUUGAAGUUUCUUUUUGUAUAGGAGACAUGUUUCUCUUGGAACUAAAGUUAGGGUUUUGUACAAAACGUGUUCGUUACUCUUCCUCUUUCUUGCUUUUAUGUGAA